AUGAGGCUCUCAGCAAUAUUAUACUUCUUUGUGCUGCUCUUUUCAUCACAAAUCAACGCUGAGAUACAAGACAAAGCAGUAUUCAAGCAGCCACUACGGCUUUUCUCUAAGCAACCUAUGACUGGCUAUUAUCGAGAUGGAUAUUGCCGCACUGGAGCCGCAGACUUUGGGAACCAUGCUGUGGCAGGUGUUGUGACAGAGGAAUUUCUUGACUAUUCAGCGUCGCAGGGCAACGACCUUCGCGUGGUGGGAUUGAAAGAGGGUUGCAAGUGGUGUCUCUGCACUUCUCGAUGGUUGGAGGCUUUCUCGGCUUAUAAAGAUGGAAGGAUUGGUAUGAACGGAGUACCCAAGGUGGAUUUGGACGCGACAGAGGACAGUGCGUUGAGGAAAGUCGAUCUGGACACGUUCAAACAAUUCGCCGCUAAAUCGGAGCAACAAGGAAGCAGUGAGCUCUAA